GAAAAUUAGGCUUGAAAUUUAAAGAGAGAAUAUAUUUCUCGAAUGAGAAUAUUGGAAUCCCCAAAGAAUGUUGGUAUUAAAGCUAUGGAAAUCUAUUUUCCUUCACUGUGUGUAUUACAAGAAGAUUUGGAAAAGUACGACCAGGUUUCUCCAGGGAAAUAUACAAUUGGUCUUGGUCAAACAAUGAUGGGCUUUUGUGAUGAUAGGGAGGAUAUUUAUUCAUUAUGCUUGACGACAGUUUCGAGAUUAAUUAAAAAUUAUAAUGUUGACGUUAAUAAUAUUGGAAGACUAGAAGUAGGUACAGAAACUUUAAUUGACAAAUCUAAAUCUGUUAAAACCGUUCUUAUGCAAUUGUUUUCUCCGAACUAUGAUAUUGAGGGUAUAGAUACUAUAAACGCAUGCUAUGGUGGCACUAAUGCUUUUUUUAAUGCCGUCAAUUGGAUUCAAUCUGAAAACUGGGAUGGUCGAGACGCUAUUGUUGUUGCAGGUGAUAUUGCUCUUUAUUCAAGAGGAAAUGCGCGUCCUACAGGUGGUGCAGGAUGUGUUGCUAUGAUUAUUGGAAAAGAUGCGCCUAUUGUUUUAGAUUCUGGUCUUAGAGGGACUUGUAUGGAUCAUGUUUAUGAUUUUUAUAAGCCUGAUUUUACUUCUGAAUAUCCUAUUGUAGACGGACAUUAUUCUAUUUCAUGUUAUACUCGGGCUAUUGAUUAUUCUUAUAAAGCUUAUAAUAUGAAAUAUUCUAUUAGAAGAAGUCUUGGUGAUACGAAUUGUAAUACGGCAUAUUCACUUCCUAUCGACCGUUUUGAUUAUUGCAUUUUUCAUUCUCCUACAUGCAAAUCUGUUCAAAAAGCAUAUGCCAGGCUAAUGUAUAAUGAUUUUAUAGAAAAUCAAGACCAUCCAGAAUUUGAAAGUGUAAAACACCUUGCCGGCAUAGAAUAUCAAUCUAGUUUGGUAGAUAAAGAUCUUGAGAAGCAAUUCAUCAAUCUUAGUAAAAAACGUUUCGAGUCACGUGUUGGUAUUGGUCUUGAUGUAUCAAAAAAUGUUGGAAAUAUGUAUACAGCUAGUUUAUACGGCUGUUUGGCGAGUCUUUUAAGCAACGUUUUACCUUCUAAGCUUGUUGGGAAACGUAUAGGAGCAUAUUCAUAUGGUUCUGGACUGGCUGCUACUUUUUUUAGUUUUACAAUUCACGAUGAUGUGUCUUAUAUUGUAAAGAUUCUUGAUUUAAAGACGAAGUUAGCAAAUAGGAAAGUAUUAUCUCCUGUAGAGUUUGAAAGAAUGAUAUCUCUUCGAGAACAAGCAUAUCUUGCAAAAGAUUAUAUUCCACAUGGUGAUAUUUCUAAUAUAGCUUUGAAUGCAUAUUAUCUUGUUAAAAUUGAUGAAAAAUAUCGUAGAGAAUAUGCUGUUUGA